AUGUAUGGCUCCAGCUGUUACUUUGCUCCACCGGUUGACACGAGUGCAGUAUCCGGAGUGGCCUUCUUUGCAGAGCAUGUGCCAACAGAGUUCGAAGCAACAGCCCACUACUUGAAGGACGCUGUGGGCGCAGACAUCGAGCCUCUGGGCGAACUGCCGGAAAAAGCGCCGGUGGCAGUUACCACAGACGCGGGGGCCUUUCUGUCAGCUUUCCUGGUGAACUUGGUGACCUUCAUCGGGGUGAUCCUGAUGUUUGGCCCGCUGAGAAGGAUGGUCCAGAAACCUGUGUUCAGUGCAAUGCUCUUCGCGUUUGCUGCUGGUGCUCUGCUUGCCUGUGCCUUCUUCCUGCUGCUGUUUGAGUCGACGCAUCUCAUUGGAGUGGGUUGGAAAACAGCAGGUGGACAUUGUUUGGCGAUGGGGUGCCAUGAUCCUUGCGGGCAUGGUUUGCUCAUGAUGGCGCGUGGGCAGAGGGAAUCCAGCUCCAGUGACCCUGAGAGGACCAACCAGGAGGAUUCUGAGAAGGAGCCGACUGAGCUGCAAGGCAUGGACGAGGCACAGAAAUUCAGGGCCAAGGCUCGCCUCCUGGGAGCCGUGAUCAUCGGGGACUUCUUUCACAAUCUCUGCGACGGCUUCUUCAUUGGGGCAGCGUUCCAAGGUUGCGGGAAUGCCUUUGGCUGGAGUGUGGCUGCUGGCACCAUCUUGCAUGAGCUCCCUCAAGAGAUCGCGGACUUCGUCAUUUUGACUGGCCCCGUGGCCAAACUGUCCACUUUGAAGGCCUUGGCCUUCAACUUCCUCAGCGGCCUCAGCGUCCUGAUGGGGGCACUCAUCAUUGCAGCCACACCAGUAGACGAUUCCCUCGUUGGCCUUAUCUUGGCUUUCGGCGGUGGAGUUUACCUGCACGUUGGCGCUACUGACUGCCUUCGGAAGAUGUACGACCCCAAGCUCACCUUUGGAGAGCGCCUUCUCGCGUUCGUGUCCUUCGGCAUCGGGGCUGUCUGUAUUGGCUUGAUUCUGAUUGGCCAUGAGCACUGUAUUCCCGAAGGACGGAGGGGACGGUCAUGA